CAUGGCACUGUGCUGCUUAGCAUGGCGUUGUACAGCACAUUUCCAACAACGAUGAUUGCCCCAGGCAUCUGCAGUUCUGAUAUUGCAGCCCCAGUAACAUUACAGAUUGACUUUCCAGAAACCAACUUGGAGUUCAUUAAACCUGAACCUGAAGAGAAAAGAGACAAUCUUGAAGAGCCAACUAAGGAGUGCCUGAAGCAUAUUGCAAGACUUUCACAGACACAUUGUCUCUUGCUACUCUCAGAGCAAAAGAGAAGAAUAUUGUGGUUUUAUCGUUACUACUGCAAUAAUCAAAAUUGCUCCCUUCCUUUGGUACUGGGCAGUGCACCCAGUUGGGAUCGGACAACUGUGUCAGAAAUGUAUGCUGUGUUGAGGAGAUGGAGAUUUUCUAACCCCCUGGAGGCACUUGGACUACUGACUUUCAGUUUUCCAGAUCAAAAUAUUCGCAGAACAGCAGUCCAACAAAUAGAAAAUCUGUCAAAUGAUGAAUUGUUAGAAUACCUCCCACAGCUGGUUCAGGUGCUCAAAUUUGAAUGGAGUCUUGAAAGCCCUCUGGUGAAACUCUUACUGAAUCGCUCUCUUCAGAGUAUCCAAGUGGCCCACCAACUCUACUGGCUAUUGAAAAAUGCCCAGAAUGAAGCUCAUUUCAAAAUCUGGUAUCGGAAACUAUUGGCUGCUCUCCAAUUCUGUGCUGGAGAAACCCUGAACAACGAGUUUGCUAAGGAGAGAAAACUUAUCAGAAUUCUGGAAGACAUUGCUGAGAAAGUAAAAGCUGCAAAUGACCCCAAAAGAAAGGAGGUACUAAAGAUGGAACUCAGCAAACUUCAGCAAUUCUUCCAGGAGGUAAAAGUUUGUCGACUUCCCCUGAAUCCUGCUCUUGUUGUGCAAGGCAUAGAGGCAGAUUUGUGUUCGUAUUUUACAUCCAAUGCUUUCCCACUAAAAAUCUCCUUCAUCAAUGCUAAUGUUCCAAGUGGAAACAUCGAUAUUAUUUUUAAGAUGGGGGAUGAUCUACGUCAGGAUAUGCUCGUUCUGCAGAUUAUUCGUGUCAUGGACAGCAUUUGGCUCCAAGAGGGACUGGAUAUGCAAAUGAUCAUAUAUAGAUGUUUAUCUACAGGAAAAGGCCAAGGGCCCGGCUCAGCCUGCAACAGCGACCGCACAGGGCACAGCAGGGCCAGGCACGCGCUGACGGCCAACGGGCUCCUCGGCCGAGGGGCACAGCAGCCACCUCCUGCCCUGUGCCAGCCAGGACAGGGCCGUAGCUCCCCGCACACGAGGACACAGGGCCCUCUCGUGCCCCAGACAGGCCCCCUCACACUCCAGGCCCUUGUGGCUCUGCUCGCAGUCCCUGUGAGAAGCCGUGGGGCUGGAGGCCCUGGCCAGGAGAUCAUUCCUGGACCUCGCCGACGUGCCGGCCCCAGCAGGACAACCCGCCGUGCACGUACAGUCGCUGUGCCCGCAAGCCCAACCCUGCAGCCCGUCCCGCUCCCCGGGGCUGCCGGCACCGCGCAGCCCUCGCGCACCAGGCGCGGCGCGGGGCUGCCGGGGAGAGCUCACCUGCCAAAGAGCUGCAGCAGGCGCCCCCGCUCCCGGCACAUCUCCUGGCACCACGCGUGGGCCCGCACGCUGCAGAAGAGGAACGUCCGCCGACACAGCUGCUCCUUGAAGACGGGCCAGAACGUGGGCCUGGGGCCCAGCACCUCGAUGCCUCGCACGAUCUUCAAUGUCACUGUUAUUAUUCUUAUUAAGGAUAAAAAUGCAGGCAACAGUAUUAUGGCAAUAAGGAAUUUCUUCUAUUCCUGCGCUGGCUGGUGUGUUGUUACCUUCAUCCUGGGAGUCUGUGAUCGACACAAUGACAACAUAAUGCUGACAAGUGCUGGGCAUAUGUUCCAUAUAGAUUUUGGAAGAUUUUUAGGUCACGCACAGACAUUUGGAAACAUAAGAAGGGACCGAGCUCCCUUCAUCUUCACAUCAGAGAUGGAGUAUUUCAUCACAGAAGGUGGAAAAAACCCACAGCGUUUCCAAGAAUUUGUGGAGCUUUGUUGCCGAGCUUAUAAUAUAGUCAGGAAACACAGCCAGUUACUUUUGAACCUGCUGGAAAUGAUGCUGCAUGCAGGAUUGCCUGAGCUAAAUAGUAUUCAGGAUCUGAAGUAUGUGUAUGACAACCUUCGACCUCAGGACUCUGACCUCCAGGCCACAAGCUACUUUACAAGGAAAAUAAAGGAAAGUUUGGAGUGUUUUCCUGUCAAGCUCAAUAACCUGAUCCACACACUCGUACAGAUGUCUGUAACAGGCUCUGCCAAGCCUGCUGCUCCAGAGACUGUUCCCCAAGAGUGGAUCGUGCUGGAUGCAGAGAAGGCUAUUGCAAGAGCAACCAUUUUAGGGUUCAACAAGAAGCCUGACUCUCUGUAUCUAGUCCAGGUGGUGCAAACCUGCAAUGUGGUCACUUUUGUGGAAAAAUCAUUUGACCAGUUCGCAAAACUUCACAGCCAUCUCCAGAAGCAAUUUCCAUCACAUACCCUCCCAGAAUUUCCCCCAUCAUGGCAUUUACCUUUUACAGAUCUUGAACAUAAAAGAGUGAAGGAUUUGAAUCUCUAUCUGAAGCAGUUAUUAAGUGGACCCAGGGAACUGGCUAAUAAUGAGCUGGUGCUCAGCUUCUUCCUGAAUUGGUCCAAAAAUACACUGGCAGAAGAACCAUCAUCUGCAGUCUUAGGUCCUCGGUCAACUGAUCAUAAGCCUGGAGUGCAAUUAGUCAUAUCCUAUGAGGGCACUCGACUGACCAUAAUGUUGAAACAUAUGAGGAACCUUCGCCUCCCAGAUGGCUCUGCCCCAAGCGCACAUGCUGAAUUUUAUCUUUUACCAGAUCCUGAUGAGGUCACUCGCAGGAAAACAAGAGCAGUUCCAAAAAGCACUGACCCUACUUACAAUGAAAUUGUUGUAUAUGACACAGUCAGAGAGCUCAAAGGACGUGUCCUGAAGCUUGUUGUGAAAAGCAAAGGAGCUUUUGUGGGAGCCGUUAACAUCCAGCUGAGCAGUGUCCAGCUAAAUGAAGAAAAGUGGUACCCACUGGGAAACAGUAUAAUUUAAAUGUUGUCUAAGAUAAUUCAGUUAUUUAUCCACUAAUGUUUCUUUCUCCCAUUUCCCAUGGUACAUUUUGUCUCUGUUGCCCUUGAGAA